AUGCCAAACAAUAACAUUACUACUACUACUACUACUACUACUACUAAUAAUAAUAAUAAUACAACAACUGGUAGCUGGCAGUUCAUUCGAGCAGUUGAAGAAGCUUUCUUUCUACUUGAUCGAGAUCAGGAUCGUUUAAUUAACGAAGAUGACUUUUGUAAUAUUGCCAAAUCUGUCGGUAUAGAUUUACACCCCGAUGAAGCAUCAACUUUAAUUCGUACAACUAUUCUUGAACAAACAGAUGAUCAUGUCGAGGAAGCUGAAUUAACAGUUGAUCAAUAUUCAACGCUAAUGCUUCGUUAUGUUGGCUCGUCAGAAUUAAAUGAAGAAUUACGUAAAACAUUUGAUGCUUUUGAUCGAGAUCACGAUGGAAUAAUAACACGACAAGAUAUGGAUAAACUUCGAUAUGAAACUUCGUUUUUUAAUCAACUUGACGAUGAGCAAUAUGAACUCGUUGUUAAAGAAUUAUUAAUUCAAGGAAAUAAUAGUACUGGACUUGAUUUUAAUCGAUUUGUCAUCCUGAUGAUGAAUCAAUAG